UCCACCUUUCCAAAUUUUGUUGACGUUUCAAAUGAAUUAUUUUGCAUUUUAAGUAGAAGCGUAAAUUAUUUUUAAAUACACAUUAAAAUGGAUCUUAUUUUGUUAAUUGGAAUUGCCAUUGCUCUCUUAGUUGUCAUAAUAACUAUUUAUUUCUUACAGAAGAAGUCAAACAAAACAGACGAUCAGCCAAAACAACAGCAUCAAAGAGGAACUCCCGUUCGUGCAGCUGAAGGAGUCCCACGGCGUGCUCAAAUAGCUCGCAAUCAGCGAAAUCGUCUCCGUAACAAUGCAGCAACAAAUGCUGCUGAGGCCAACGAUGAAAUCGAAGAAGACGCAGAAGUACCAUCAACUAGUCCUGAUUUUUCGGAAGAAAAAAUGGGAGCUAAAAAACGUGCCAAGCUCGAAGCGAAGGCAGAUAAGCGAGCUCAACGUGAACACGAAUUGAAAGCCAAAGAAGAAAGGAAGGCUCGUGAGGAAAAAUUGGAAGAGGAGAGAAAGAAGCUUGAAGAAAAAGAAGCAGAAGCUGAACGAAAGGCAGCUGAGGCAGAACGGCUGGCCCGUGAAGCAAGGGAACGCAAAGAACACGAAGAAUAUUUGAAAAUGAAAGCAGCUUUUAGCGUUGAAGAGGAGGGUUUCGAGGAAGAAGAUGAAAGCGCAAAAGAAAACUUGCUACAAGAAUUUAUUCAGUACAUAAAAGACAACAAAGUUGUGGUCCUCGAAGACUUGGCAGCACAUUUCAAGCUCAAGACACAGCAAGUCAUCGAUAGAAUAACUGAACUCCAAGCAAACGAUACCCUAACAGGUGUAAUUGACGACCGAGGUAAAUUUAUUUAUAUCUCUGAAGAAGAACUUUUAGCUGUGGCCAAGUUCAUCAAGCAAAGAGGUCGAGUGUCAAUAGCUGAGUUGGCAGAGGCCAGCAAUACUCUAAUAACUUUGACUCCAGUUAGUAAAUAAAGAAUUUGGUUCUGUUACAAAAGUUGUUUUCAUAAAAAAAUGUUACACAUUUAUGUAUUGUAAAUAUAUGUAAAAAAAAUAACAGUAGAUAAAA